CCCGUUUGAUAAGUGAGUAGGUCUGAAAUAUUAUCUAGUAUUAUCUAAAUGCAGAGAUGCCGGAGUGUUGAUGGCGUUUGUCUGGGUCUCGAAGCUUUUCUUUCGCAGCCUGCAGCACCGCUAGCUGACACACAUACACACAACCACACGUUGACACACACAUACACACAACAAAGAAACUGGAAGCACCAGGGAGGCGGUGUGUGUGUGUGUGUGUGUGUGUGUGUGAGAGAGAGUGUCUUGGUGAUUACAAGAGCAACUCAGAACAUUUAAAGCAAAACGAGCCAGUAAAAGUCGGAUCCCACUGCAUAAUCCCCUCCUUCCUUCCUGAACCUCAUCCAUCUUUCUGAGGACUGGAAUCUGCUUUCUCAAAAACAAAUAAUGGCCAAAGCUUCCUACCUGCCAUCCAUAUACCACCUCUUUUUGCCUUUACUUUGCUAACAGUGCAUUAAAAAAAUGCCCUGAUCCAGUUUUCAUCACAUUUUUGAGUCCUGUUCCCCAUCAGGCUUUAGAUGCACCUUUCACAAUAUAUCUUAGUUUGUUGAUAUGAGUCUAAUCAAAAUGAUGACACCCUAGAAAGCAAAUGAAAGUUGUAGUCUCAUCCAUUUGAGUUAUAUUCUGUUUUGUUUGGCUGGCCUGUAAUCAUCUUUCUUUGUGUUUAUAUUGAGAUGGAUUUAGCUAAUGGAUUGUAUGUAAAGAAAAAAUGUUGUAAUUGUAUAAUUAUUUGAAUGUCCUGAUCCAUUAUUAAACAUCUGGGCUGAUGCUGAUGAAGAUACAUGAGCACAACAUACAAUGUAAUAUCAGAUUAGUAUAGUUAUAAGUGUCAGGCUGUUUGGUGAAUAAGAGACUUGAUGUUCAGAGGCUAAGUGGAGUCAAGAAGGAUGUCUAGAGGUCCCUUUUCAUCUACUGAAUCAGCAGUUGUAUCAGCACACUUCAAGAAAAGGAAGUCUCGUUUCACAUUUUCGGAGAUUCAGCUUUUGCUGACUGAGGUGAAGAAAAAUCGCCACAUAUUGGUUGGUAAAUUCAACCAGGGGGUUUCGAGUAACACUAAGAAGAGAACAUGGGCUGCUCUUGCAGCUCGCAUUAAUGAGAUCAGUGAGUGCCACAGAGAGGUCAUUGAGAUUGUGAAGAAGUGGUCUGAUCUUAAGUGUGACACCAAGCGAAAAGUGGCAGCAAUGAGAGCUUCUGGCUUCUCUGCUUCUCGAAUAUCCGAUGACCUUUCUCCUGUCGAGAGAAUGGUGCACCAGAUCCUCCAGCUUGGACCUGGGGAGAUAUUCCCACUGGCAGACAGCAUUGCAGAUGAUGAUGAGGAUGAGGAUGACAACCAAAGUGUCUCUGGGAUGCCAUUGUUCAACCCUGGUAUGACAAACGGCAGGCUGCCCAUCAAGACACGGGGCAUGCCAAACCACUCUGGGGUGAGCAGCAAAAGAGAGACAGAUCUUCCCAUGGAUAUACCAUACAAUUAUGAAUCUGCAGUGCCUCUUACUGAUCUCGAGUAUGAACCAUCAGGCACCGAAGACCAGGGUCUACGAGAAACAGACACAUCUGAUCCAAACAAAAUUCUCCCUGACCCUGACCCUGCUAACAUGGACCAGAUCAGAAACGAAACUCAACCUACAGCAUUAAGCAAUAGUACAGCUCAUGCAGGAAGCUCUUCUCAUUCAGCUGUUUGUCAUCUACCAUCGCAAGGCACAGGCAGUCUGCAGGAGCACCUCGCCAAGAGCGCCUCCCUCAGCCUGCAGGAGCAACAGGACACCACACUGCUAAUAGGGGCGUUGUCACGUUCACUGGAAUCAGUGGCCGAGUCGGUGCAGCAGCUGGUGCAUACACAGCAAACAUUUGCACGAGACACUUUGCGUCUGCAGAGAGAUACGCUGCACAUGCUGCGUGACUUUUCCUCUAGUGCACUGGCAUUGAUGCAGGACAAAUCCAACGGCCAUCCAUAGCACCAUCAUGUAAAUGCAGUCUACACUAGUGAUGGGCAUUUUGAGUGAACUUGUGGUGGAGUACUAAAACCUAUUUAAAGUUUAAUCAAUUAAUUCAUCUUAAACAUAAACAAGAUCAUUUUGCGUGAAACUAAAACCACAGCCUACUGAAUACAUUCAAAUGCACUCGGACAUUGUUUUAGUUUUAUACUACCACAUUUGUAGUAUCGCCAGGCUGUGCGUUAUAUUGCAAAAAGCUUGCAAAUUAUUUUUGUUUUGUGAUGAUUAUAAGAAUGAUUACCGAUAUGGUUUUAUUUAUUUGCCCACAGUAAUGUUUUCUUGUCACCGUUUCUGUCAAAUAAUACUCACCGUCUUCAAGUCUAUAAAACACUCCUGUGGUAGGCAUUUUAAAAAGUCCAUUGUUAUGAUGUUUUACCUUAUUUUCCAUUUAUUCGAUUUUUUAAAUUUUAUUUCCCAGGGACACUUAACCAAAAAUGAAUUUGGCAGAUAAAUGUUUUGUAUGCUAAAAGAAUAAACUGGUAAAUCUAUUUUAAUUUAAGCACAUUUGAGACAAUAGGCAACAAAAUGUUAAGUACUGUAAUUGAUUUAUUAUGUAGAUAGCAGUAAGUUUGUUUAUCUGGAGUGCUCAGGUUGUGGUAAUUUAAACGUGACUGUAUAAAUCGUAGCAAUUUGAAUGUUUCCCCCCCAAAGUCUUUGUGACUGCUCUACUAUAGUAGUAAAAUGCUUAGCUUGGUGAAACUCUUUUUGCUAGUACUAACGUGGAAGUUACAUGGAUAUUGUCUCACAAAGUGGUAGGUAAUUUUGUUUCUUAAAGUCUAAUUUUCCUAACAUCUGACAAAUUUUGGAAUUCCCUAUUUCCAGAAAGAAGAAAACAUUGCUGUGCUUGGCUUUAACACCAGUGCAGCAGGCCCACAAAUGCUCUCUCACUUGUCUGCCUCAUGGAACUACUUUUUUUUUUAAAUGACAGCAUAUUUUUUGGGUGCUGCACUGGUGAUGAAGCUGAGCAUGACGAUGCUUUCAUUUACAAUUUUUACAUUUAAUAUUGUACCAGGCAAACGAAAAUGAAUUGCAUUUUGUAAAAUUAAAUUUGUGAAUUAGUUACACAAUGACUUUAUAAUUAGCGCCCAUCACUAGUCAAAGUCUUUAAGCUAUAGGAUGCCCUAUGGAGAGCAAGGAGGGGCUGUUGAACUACGGAACAGUACAGUUAAAUGCCUCAGGAGUAUGUAAUAGUCCACUACAGCAUUCAGCUGCCUCUUUCUUAGUGUUUCUAAUGAUCACAGGACUCCUACAUGCACUAACACUGUUUACUCUGUGCAGGACCCUUUUCAAAUAAGUGCCCACUUUUCCAAAAAAACAGUAUUGAUGGAGUAACCUGAAGACACAUGGAACAGCUGAAAAGUAGCAUUAGGACAGCAAACUGUUUCUCAUAUCCGAGAUCUCUCUCUGUUUAAAAGAAUUAACUGUUUGGGCCAGAGAUAAGACACACUUACUCUAAAUCGACAACGCAUUAUUUAAUAAUGCAAUGUAAGUAAACUAAUUAAAAAACUCUGUAAUAGAGUCUAAUAUGAGUCUGUAAUAAAAUCAGUCUAUCAGAAAUGCACAGGUGUUUUAGACACUAUUGUUCUUAUUGUCUUGAUUGGGUUUUUAAUUGUUUUUUUCAAACUAUGUGACAGUUUUUUAAUGUUAUCACCAAAUUGUUGCAAUUUAGAUGUGAUCUGAAUCCCUAGACGUUGUGUGGGGCACAUUUUUAGUACAUUUGAAGGUUUUAUAACCUUUAACUACUUUUAAAGUGGUUACUUUUUUAUUUCAAAGUUUCUUCUUUGUAAUCACAUGUGCCAUAGGAUAUUUAAUUCUGAAAAGUGCUCAAUACCUUCAAUACAGCUUCCACUGAUUUCUUGUUGGCUGCUCUUCCAAUAGUAUAAACACUGUUAAAUGUUGUCUGUAAAAACUACUGUAAAAAUGUGAAUAAACCAGAAAAAUCA